AUGGCCAUUCGUUGUCAAUUUGAAAAUAGUAAUGAGAUUGGCGUUUUUUCCAAGCUCACCAACUCUUACUGCCUCGUAUGCGUGGGUGGAUCUGAGAAUUUUUACAGCACGUUCGAGUCCGAGCUGGCUGAUCAUAUUCCGGUAGUACAUGCAAGCAUUGCUGGCUGUCGCUUUGUUGGUCGUGUGGCUGUAGGUAACAAGCGCGGUCUGUUGCUGCCUAAUACUACAACUGAUCAAGAAAUGCAGCACAUUCGAAACGCUCUUCCCGACUCGGUCGUAGUGCAGCGUGUGGAGGAGCGACUUUCAGCUUUGGGAAAUUGUAUUGCCGCUAAUGACCAUGUAGCACUUGUACACACGGACUUGGACCGGGAGACAGAGGAGAUAGUAGCUGACACACUUGGCGUAGAGGUCUUUCGUCAGACAGUAGCGGGCAAUGCUCUUGUGGGCAGCUACAGCGCGUUGUCGAAUCAGGGCUGUCUUGUGCACCCACGUACGAGUGUUGAGGACCAAGAGGAGCUGAGCUCACUGUUACAGGUGCCUGUUGUUGCUGGUACAGUGAAUCGUGGUAGUGAUGUCAUUGGUGCUGGUCUUGUGGUGAAUGACUGGACUGCUUUUUGUGGUCUUGACACCACUUCCACUGAGAUCUCGGUAGUCGAGAGUAUCUUCAAGCUUCAGAAUGCUCAGCCUACCUCCAUCGCGACGACCAUGCGCAGCGCACUAAUCGACUCUAUGACCUAA